UCCCUUCAUUCAUUGUCAGCUUCCUGGAGCCAUUUUUGAGCUGGCAGGGCUGAGACUCGCGCUAGUUUCUAAUCCAUUGCAUCUGCCUAAAUGUGCUCUCAAUAUACUUUUAAACAUACAAAUAUCGGCAAAUAAGAUCAUAAUCUACUCUUUCAUAUCAAUAUUUUUGAAUUUGUCGCGGUGGAUUAUCUGAAAAGGGGCUUUAAACUAAAGGGACAAAGGGUACCCGAGCCCACAAAGAUGAGAAGAGGGAUCUCAUCAGCCCCGGAUAAAGUAAUAAUAGCAGGGGUUGGAGGCUCUUUAGAUAAAAAUGCGGUAUUGACAGCAUUGUCCGACCGGUUAACCCCUCAUUUUACAACUGCCACUUAUAUCCAAAUUAUAACUCCACCGCCCUGCAUUACACAGACUUCAAAUGUCUGUUUGUCCGAACCUCCAGCUGGCAGUAUAUAUUCCACUCCAAACGGAGCAACAAACGGAACCGGACAACGACCUACAUUAGGACGUCCACCGGCCAAGCGGAGGUUGGCGUUGGAUGAGUCGGACCACCAGUACCCCAUCGAAGGAGCCAGGACCCCCAGGGGAAAGGCUGGAGGAGCCUCCGGGCCUGGGCUCAAGAGCCCCAAAACUCCGAGGUCACCGGUAGAGAAGACGCGCUACGACACGUCGUUGGGCCUGCUGACGAAGAAGUUUGUUGAGCUGCUGGGCCAGUCGUCUGACGGAGUCAUCGACCUCAAUCAGGCCGCGGAGGUUCUCAAGGUGCAGAAGAGGCGCCUCUAUGACAUCACCAACGUACUGGAGGGGGUGCACCUGAUCAAGAAGAAGUCUAAGAAUAACAUCCAGUGGAUGGGCUGUAACCUGUCUGAGGAUGGGUCUACGUUGACCAGCAGCCAGAGUCUGAGCAGUGAGCUGUGUGACCUGGGUCAGGAGGAGAGGAGACUGGACGAGCUGAUCCAGAGCUGUACCCUGGACGUCCAACAGAUGACAGAGGCCUCGCACAGCCACAAGUUUGCGUAUGUGACAUACCAAGACAUCCGUCAGCUACGUCACCUGAAGGACCAGACGGUCAUCGUGGUGAAAGCUCCCUCUGAGACCAAGUUGGAGGUACCAGACCCACAGGAGGGCCUGUCGGUCCUCCUCACCAGCACCAAGGGGCCUAUUGAGGUGUUCCUCUGUCCGGAGGAGAACAUCGGUAGUCCUGUGAAGAACGGCGGCCCGGAUGUCCAAGGAAACUCCUCGCCUUUCCUCAAAGUGUCAGCAGAGAGCGCAACAGACCGCGGCAGUAACGACUACAUCCCUCCAGAUCGCUCUGCGGUGAUGGUGACCAACCUGUCCCCCAUCACCUCCCCUUUCACCAGCCUCCUGCUGCAAACGGAGGACCAGAUCCCCUCCUCCCUGUCUGGGCUCCUGGAGGGCCACGGGGCCGGGCCCUUCGUCAACCUGUCCCCCCCGCUCCUCAACGAGGACUACAUGCUGAGCUUAGAGGACGACGAGGGGAUCAGCGAUCUGUUCGACACCUGUGACUUUGACAAGCUUCCUCUGGAAGAACUCAUGUGUCCCUCGAUGUAAGAGGGGGGGUGGAAGACGGGAUGUGUCCCCUCCCCCCAUUACUGAAUAGAGGGAGGGGUGGAAGACGGGAUGUGUGUCCCCCCUCCCCCAUUACUGAAUAGAGGGAGACAUAGGGGACCCUUGUCUCUGCUGUGUUCACGUGUACCAGGAGAGACGGGGAAAUGUCUGCUGUGUUCAUAUGUAACUGUCAUGGAGGAGCAGAGAGGGAACCGUCUGUAGAGAGAGACUGCACCAUGAGGGGAGCUCCUUGGCACUCCUUUCCCUCUGUUUAAAGAGGAUUAGGUACACAGGGCAUGCUGGGUAAAAGAUCUCUCUCUCCCUGUGCCUGCCUGUUUGUCGAGGCAGUACACUGGGCCAGGUGGGUGAAAGCCCCCCCCCCCCAGCCCACCGUCUUUCUCUCCUUGUACCUGCCUGUUUGUCGAGGCACUGUAGACUGCCUUAAAACUGGGUCGUGUUCAGUAGGAACAAAACGUAUAAACUCAUUGAAACUGAAACAGGGGAUGUUUUCAAUUUCGGUUGCGGAAAGGUUUUGCCUCGCUUGUGGCCUAAUGAAAACGACCCUGACCAACUCUUCUCUCUCUUCUCAGACCUUCUUGAUUACUGAGAGCUGCCUUUUAUCCUAACUGGCGCUGGUGGAAACGCCUCCGUAACCAUCUGUGUGUUUUUAGACAGCUGCUCGUGUGUUCCUUCUGGAUGCUUCUCUGCCGUGUCAGGUGACCAGCUUGACCCUAUGGCUGAUCUACGUUUGUGCUGAUGAGGUCUAUGCUUUUGUCUUCGUACGUAGAAAAUGGCAGUGACAGUGUGAUGAUAGUUAUUUUGGCACAAAAAAACCAUUGAGUUUGUCUUUGAAACUUUUAGGAACCAGGGCCUCUACUCUUAAUACUUUAGAGCAACACUCAAGUUGACCCCUUAUUUUCGAUUGGGGACUUGUCAAGAUAUUAUCUCCUACUUAUAACUGACAUUCAUAUUAACUGUCUAAUGACCGACGAGGGAUAUUUAGCUUUUUUGUUGCUGUGGGCAAAUAAUGGGUUUACAAGCGUCACCCA